UUUGCUAGACUUCACCUGUUCGCAUGCACAGUUCCACUUUUUCACCUGUAGUUGCUCUCCUCUGUCUGUGCCCAUUAAUUCUUUUGCUAGUGGGGAAAAUGGUUUCGUACGUAGUCUGCAGCUUUCUCCUAGCAUCCGUAGCGUUCCCGGGGACCUUCCUCGGAGAGGUAGUGUUUCGCUGCCCUAGCUGCAGCGCCGAGCGGCAGGCUGCAUGCCCGAAGCUCACGGAAACUUGCGCUGAGAUGGUAAGGGAGCCCGGCUGCGGCUGCUGUCCGGUUUGUGCUCGACAAGAAGGCGAAUCUUGCGGCGUCUACACCCCGCGAUGUUCCAGUGGGCUACGCUGCUAUCCAAAGCCGGAUUCCGAAUUGCCUCUGGAGCAGCUCGUGCAAGGUCUCGGACGAUGCGGACACAAAGUGGAUGUAGAGCCCACGGGAAGCCAAGAACAUCGGGAGGUUAGCGGAGAGGCGCUGGACAACGUGGAGCUCAGUCUGACAGAGAGCCCCCAAGUGAGGAAGCCCACCAAAGAGGGACCGUGGGGCGUGAAGGAGGUCGCCGUCAGGCAUCACCUGAUCGAUCUGAAGACCAAGAUGAGGACCAACAAAGUGGAGGACAGCAAAACACCCCGAUUUGUGCUGCAGAGUCAGUGCCAACAGGAGCUGGACCGGGUCCUGGAGAGGAUCUCCAAGAUGCCCUUCAGCGAAAACAGGGGCCCCCUGGAGGACCUGUACGCCAUGCACAUCCCCAACUGCGACAAGAGGGGGCAGUACAACAUGAAGCAGUGCAAGAUGUCCGUGCACGGGCAGCGCGGGGAGUGCUGGUGCGUCAACCCCCACACCGGCAGGCAGAUCCCCACGUCUCCCAUAGUGAGGGGGGACCCCAACUGCAGCCAGUACCUCAACAGCCCCGAGGCGGAGGCCCCCACCGCCUCCCAAAAAUAGCGGCGCCCCCCGACCUUCCGACGAAACGGAGGAAGAAGAGGAGGUCCCGCGUCUCAAAAGCCAAGAGAGUAACAUAGGAGAACCAGUUAUGAAACAGUUAAGCUAAAUUCUGAAUGUGCGCGAGCGUGUGCGUGCGUGCGUGCGUGUGUGUGUGUGUGUGUGUGUGUGUGGGUAUGUGAUAAUAUGUGCAUGUGUAUGCGUGUGUGUGUCUGACGCUGUGUGUGUGUCCGUCUGUCUGUUUUUGUGCGUGCGUGUUUGCGUGUAGAUUUGUUCCACGUAAAAUGCAGUCGAUCCUCAGUGACAUUGUGAGAGAAGUGAAUCCAUCAGUGUGUUUUAGGUGCAAUCAAAGCUAAAUUGCAAGUACCAAACAGACCACAUAUGGGAAAAUAAAAGGAAACUAUCACGGAU